UGAAAGGGAGAGAGAGGCAGAAAGCUGGAGAAAUCGGACGCCAUUAGGGUUAGGGUUAUAUUAGUGUCUUGGCGCGGCUCCAAGGACAUAAUGCCAAGCUAUCAUAUUUUCAGCAUGCCGGGUCACCCGGAACCUUACCUACUCGAGCAGGUCAAGGGCGAACAUAGUAUCAUACGGUAUCAUAUGCGCUCCGGACCGCUCGUACCUUACCGAACUACCGGUAUCCCCGUUCAACCCCUUCGCAGAACAGAACAAAAGCUCUAUUAAAGGGCAAGAUACGAGUAUACCCCCCUAUUGUUAUGGAUUUUAACCACCUCAAGGAGCGAGGAAAGAAACCACCACUGAUCCGAUCCAAUACCGGAAACCUGGGAUCAUCCAAACGUCACCAAAUCCUACAGAAAAGCCCCUCUUUAUCCCUUCCGUUCCACCUCCACCGAAACCAUGAGGAUACCUCACGCUCGAAGGUCAUGCCAACUUCACCAGGUGUAGAGACCUAUAAUCACGAAUACCAACCAAAUCAACACUCGGUCUCGCUACCGUCCAGUCGAAAAGGCUCACUACACCACGAAAUACCAGAGCGCAAGAUCUCUGUUCCGAGGAACAAACCCACUGUCUCCAGCACAGGACGAGAGUGCGUCCCCUCCCCCUCCUCACCCUCCAGAAACCCCCAAUCUAACAACUCCACCCAUCGAUCAGGGAACUCUCUUGCGCGAUUACCACUCUCCAAACCUCCAGCCAAAAGCAAAUGCGAAGACUAGACGCAACCUACUCCUCUGUCCUCCAAAAACUCCGCGAACUCUCUAGCCUAGCCACACGUCUGCAGGAAAUAGGCGAGGUAGCAAAGUCUGCGGUUCAAGAAUUCAAUGCAGCAGACGCCCGCUACCAGCGUGAGUUCAAAUCGCAGAUUAGGGGUAUAGAGAGGUUCAAGGAUGAGCUGGGGAAUAUCGAAUCAUUGCGGAAGCGGCUGGCAGCGCAGAAAGAACGGGUUAGGGGAUACCAUGAGAGGCUUGAUAAAGUUCAGGAGAGGGUCGACAGACAUAAGGAGAUGGAGGUGGUUUGGAGGAGGAGGGCUUCUAGUAGUUACCCCCAUCCUUCAUGCUCUCCCUGCUUCCCAGUGUGGUGAUUUGUUGGUCUGUUGAUUGGUUUGGGAAGGAGGGGAGAGAAGCUAAUGUGGUGGGGACUCUUUAUAUAGGACGACUGAGACUACUAUGGGGCUUCAUUUCCAUCCUGGUCAUUCUCUGGUUACUGGCCACCGCCAGCAACGACUCAGACGCCCCCCUGCCGGACGACCGGCCACGAGUACUGCCGCAGUUAGCAAUGCCUACGCCUGAGCUCGCAAGGGAGUUGCUGGACAUCUCUAUAGUCGCCCCAAUGCUAUCAGAUGAAGCUUUGAACGAGUUGUAACAUAUCAUCGCCUCCUUUUUUGUUCGUUUCCACGUCCCUAGUGUUAAAGUUUGUUGUGCUAUACGCUGUGUAUCCGGAGAGGGCAUUGCGACCGGUGUUUCUUCUUUUGCUCUCUCUGUGUCGGGAUUGCGCUUUUAUUAACCCUGAUGGCUCGAAUACAUCUCUUUCUCCAAUAGACACAACCCCUCACUCGCGACAUGACACCCAAUGUGCCGUAGCCCUAUCACACGAUACCCUAACACCCAUACCCUAUCGGAACUUUACGUAACUUGAUCUAAACCACUCCAAUCGCGAUCCCAAAUCAACCAACCAACUGCCAAAUCCCGAGAAGGUCAUGUAAAAAUAAAAAUAAAAAAAGAGUACGAGACCAAUCUUACCGUGCCAUCCCUGGCGACCCCCUCUUCCUUCCUCCUUAGUCACCGACCAAUCAUUAUAUGCAAAACGCACCGGACCGACGCACCGAAACACAAAAAAGUUCGAGCAGAUGGAAGCUCUCGUUGCUUCCCUUCCCCAGCUCACAUCUCACAUCUCAAUCUUAUCAUUCCGAGGGAGGGACAGGAAGAACUGUGGCGACGGAUGAAUCAGAAUUUAGAUUACGAUCGGGAUGAAGGUGCGCGUGUUAUGGUA